AUGAUCUUUCUCCUCUUCUUGUUUGGUCUGGCUCUGGGUGCUGUGAUUCCUCCUGAUGACCAGAGAGUGAAGCUACAGCGAGGCGGCUGUCCCCCAUUCUGGUUCGGCUUCAACGGUCGCUGCUACAAAUACAUCUCUUCACGUAUGACCUGGGUUGAUGCAGAGCUUCACUGUGUGUCAGAGGGAGCCAACCUGGUCUCUAUCCACAGUGCUGACGAACAGAAUUUUGUCAAUUCUCUGAUCAAGAACUUUGAUCCUGCUCGGACAUUGACCUGGAUCGGACUCAGUGACGUCCACAGGGAGGGAGCAUGGAUGUGGUCUGAUGGGUCUAAAGUUGCAUUUGUCUUUUGGGACAAAGGCCAACCAGAUAAUCAUAAAGGAGACGAAGACUGUGCAGUCACCAACCUUGGCUCAGGAUUUAAAUGGAAUGACGAUCCUUGUCCAGGGACAUGGCCUUUUGUUUGUAAAUCUCGUACAGUAUUUCCUUAACUGAGAAACCUGCAAAAUGAAGAAACAAAAAUCAGAAAGUCAUUUUAUGAACAUUCGUUUUCAUGA